AUGUCAAAAGUUGAUAUAAACAGUUUAAAUAUACAACAAUUGAUUAGCGUUAAGAAGCAAUUAGAUGGAGAGCUAACACAUUUGACUCAAUCUUAUUCUCAACUUAAAAGGGUUUCAAUUCAAUUUAAUCAGUCGAUAGAUUCACUUAAGCAAGUAAAUGGGGGUAAUAAGGACACUAAAUGUCUUCUCCCUUUGACAAGCUCUUUGUAUUUACCUGGGAAGCUCUCAAAUGUUGAGGAUGUUAUUAUUGAUAUUGGUACUGGCUAUUACGUUAAGAUGUCCACCAAUCAAGCAACUCAAUACUACAAAAACAAAGUUGAUUACGUAACCUCAAACUUGAGUCAACUACAAAAGACUUUGGAGACAAAACAAGAUAACGCUAACGUUGUCGUACAACUCAUACAAGCGAAGCUCAACGCCGGUCGAGGAUACCCUGCUUACGACCCACAAGUAGAUCCAUGGCAGCCACACGCUAAUAAAGUGAACAGACCAAUGACAGAUGAUGGCCCUCUUUACUCUAAAGACGAUCCAAACCUCACUUGUAACAAAGUCGGUACAAACACUCCAGCUGAAAUGACUGCAGACGCCGCGCCAGGAUCUGAAAUGAUUGUCAAGUGGAACAGAUGGCCAAAUGAUCAUAAAGGUCCUGUGCUCACCUAUGCCAAAUACUGCGGUAAUGGUCACAAUGACUGUGACAACGUCCAGCAAUCUAUCACAGAAGGCUGGUUCAAGAUUGAUGAAGCUGGUUACGACGACAGCGCGGGCCAAUGGGCUUCAGACAGGCUCAUUGCACAGGAUAUCAGCUGGAGCUUCAACCUUCCACCGGCAGAGAGCAUCCAGCAAGGCUCCUACUUGAUAAGACAUGAAAUCAUCGCGUUGCACUCGCAAGGUUCUCCUCAAUUCUACCCACACUGUAUCCAAGUAUAUAUCAAUGGGGGUACAGGCUCUUUGAGUGGCCAAUCAGUCACCAUUCCAGGCAAUGUCUACAGCAACCCGGGCGACGACGGCACUCUGUAUGGAAGUAUAUACAGCUCUCAAGUAUCUUCUAUGGUUAUUCCAGGUCCAUCACUCGCAGACGAUGCCAUUUCAAGCGCCCACUCGAAGCGUAACAAUGUAAAAGCCAAGCCCGGCUCAAGACGCCGUCAUCGGGGUGGUCCAAGGGCUCGAGGCGCCCACGGCAUUUUAUGA